AUGGAUUACGAGGCGCUGAAAGAACAGUGGACUGAGGUAGAGGACCGUGACGGGGUUAGGUUGAGUUGGAAUGUCUUCCCGAGCACUCGGAUGGAAGCCUCAAGGCUUGUUGUUCCCAUUGGUGCACUCUACACACCUCUGAAGGAGAAACCGGAGACGCCGUUACUUCAGUUUGAGCCAGUGACUUGCAAGCAGCCCUGCCGAUCCGUCCUUAAUCCGUUCUGCUCCGUCGACGUUCGCGCCCGUCUCUGGAUAUGUCCAUUUUGUCUGUCAAGAAAUCCGCUUCCGCCUCAUUACAAGGACAUCACCCAGAACGCCAUACCUCCUGAACUCCAUCCAUCCAAUACCACAAUUGAAUACCGGCUAUCUCGACCUGCACCAAGUUCCCCCAUCUUCCUCUACGUCGUCGACACCUGCCAGGAGGAAGACAGUCUCGCAGCUUUAAGGGAGUCUCUUGUCAUGAGUCUAAGUCUAUUGCCGGAGAAUGCCCUUGUUGGAUUGAUUACAUUCGGCACUAUGGUCCAGGUACACGAGAUUGGCUAUACAGAGUGUGCAAAAUCAUACGUCUUCCGAGGGAGCAAGGAGUAUAAUGCGAAGCAGGUCCAAGAGAUGCUCGGCCUCUUGUCUCCGCUUAUGCGGCCGGGCAUGCAGCAGCAAGGCCGGCCUUCGCCCCUGAUGGGUCCCACUUCGAGAUUCCUUCUUCCGGUUCAACAGUGCGAGUUCCAAUUAACAAAGGCAUUGGAACAACUCCAAAAGGAUCCCUGGCCAGUUGCCAAUGAUCGCAGAAACCUGCGAUGCAGUGGCGUCGCUCUAAGUGUUGCCGUCGGACUCCUGGAAACGUCCUUCCAGAACGCUGGUGGCCGAAUCAUGGUCUUUGCUGGCGGCCCAGCAACCGAGGGCCCGGGGAUGGUUGUGGGACCUGAACUGAGAGAACCCAUACGGUCACACCACGACAUUGACCGAGACAACGUCAAGUACUACAAGAAGGCGUUAAAGUUCUAUGACAAUCUGGCAAAAAGAACUGCCCAUAACGGUCACGUAAUUGACAUAUUCGCCGGGUGUCUUGAUCAAGUUGGCCUCCUGGAGAUGAAAGGACUUUGCAAUUCGACUGGUGGUCAUAUGAUUCUUACCGACAGCUUUACUUCUUCCAUGUUCAGACAGUCGUUCACCCGCGUCUUCGAUAAAGAUGGUGAUGAUCACCUCCUCAUGGGGUUUAAUGCUGUCUUGGAAGUGUUGACCACCAAGGAACUUAAAGUCACAGGUCUCAUUGGCCAUGCCGUGUCCCUCAACAAGAAAUCAACCUCAGUUGGCGAGACGGAGUGUGGCAUUGGAAACACUUGCUCCUGGAAAAUGUGUGGUAUUGACCCGACCUCAAGCUACGGCGUCUAUUUCGAAAUCGCUAGCCAGGGUGGCCCCACGCAACAUCAGCAGGCAGCGCAAAAAGGCAUGAUUCAGUUCCUGACAUAUUAUCAGCACUCCUCGGGCCAAUUUCACCUUCGUGUCACAACUCUAGCCAGAAAUCUGAGCGGCCCUGCUGGAGACCCCGCCAUCGCCCAGUCGUUUGAUCAGGAGGCAGCGGCAGUCCUCAUGUCGCGGAUCGCCGUUUUCAAAUCUGAAGUCGACGAUGGCCCCGACGUCCUUCGUUGGGUUGAUCGGAUGCUAAUUAGACUCUGUUCGCGAUUCGCUGACUAUCGCAAAGAUGACCCUUCUUCUUUCCGAUUGGAAAAGAACUUCACCCUAUAUCCACAGUUCAUGUUCCAUUUGCGGAGAAGCCAGUUCUUGCAAGUCUUCAACAACUCACCAGAUGAGACGGCAUUCUAUCGUCACGUCCUGAAUCACGAGGAUGUCAGCAACUCGCUCAUCAUGAUCCAGCCCACUCUGGACUCCUACACCUUUGACCAGGAAGGGGGACAGCCUGUACUCCUUGAUUCAACGUCCAUACAGCCGACACAUAUCCUGCUACUAGAUACCUUCUUCCACAUUCUUAUCUUCCACGGCGAGACUGUGGCAGAGUGGCGCAAGGCUGGUUACCAUGAGCAAGAAGGCUACGAGAACUUUGCCGCGCUUUUGGAACAGCCGAAGGAAGAUGCCAGGGACCUCAUUACUGAUCGCUUCCCUCUGCCGCGAUUCAUCCUCUGCGAUGCAGGCGGAUCCCAAGCACGCUUUCUCCUAUCAAAACUGAAUCCCUCGACAACACACACCUCGGGAGCGUAUGGAGGCGUAGGCGCUCAAUCAGCGCAGACUAUUUUUACCGAUGACGUCUCUUUGCAAACUUUCAUGGACCAUCUCAUGAAGUAA